UAAAAUCGGUAAAAUCGGCUCAUCAAUAUGACGGUCUGUACCCAGAGCUGUGGCGAAGUCUCAAGGCCGCAGAUGAGGACUCCUCCCAGUUGAACAAGAGGCGGCUCCCACCAGCGAUUUGAGAUCGUGGAUAUCGAACGAAAUCGACAUUCACAGUAUGAAAUCCCGGCCUGAGAUGAGAUGGCGAUUAUGCCCCCCAAUUUUAGACGGUGUUUACCAGACUAUCGGCUCGAAAAUCAUGCUCCAAGGCGGAAGUGCAGGUAGGAUGUGGAGUUCUGGCUGCACAGAUAAAGCUGUCGAGAGAUCCAUCGAUCAUGCAGCAGUUCGGUCCCAGUCCACCACCUAUUUUGAGGACUGCUAAGGACUAAAGUAGAUGUCUUACUUUUAUGGGGUGUUCGCCUCAGAACUAUUAAGGACAAGCGGACUCUAGUUUUGUUCGUAUCAGGCGCACCACAGCGUAGGAUCAGAGCAUGAAGGGGUGGCGCCUUGUCCUACCCUAAUAACUCAGAUGUGGACAGGUCCUUACUUAGGGGCCGUGUUAGGAGCAGGCGAGAGGUCGUAUCUGUCCGUAUCUGUAGGCCCUCCAGAAAGGACGUACUGUGGUAAGCCUCUCUCCAACUCACCUUCACGAUGUCCCUAAACCUAAAAUAUAUCUGCUCAUAUCGUAGUACCGCGUAGUUUCGCCAAAAGUACCGUACUAUUCUCUCGAAGUUACAUGGAUGUCGCCCAAGGUUAGAUAUUGAAAGCGCUAUUUGAAUCACUCAGACAAGUAUGUAAAUUUUUUUUAAGAGAUUCAGUUUAUGUACUAGAGACGAAUCACACAAUCACAUUCAUUGCAUGAUUACUUUUUUAAACUACUCUCUGUCACAAAAUAUUUCA